AUGUCGUCGGCGUCGCCGAAGCGCGGCUCCACAAUGGCCGGAGGGCCUGAGACAACUCCUCCCGCUCCUCACCUCCGCGCCGCCCUCCCCCGUCCUCUCGUCCGCCCUCUCGGGCGCGCUCCUCACCGCGCUCGACGUCGCGGACCCCGCCUCCGCGCCGCUCGCCCGCGCCUUCCUUGCCGCCGCGGCCGCCACCCCCCGCCGCUCCUCCCCGCCGACGCCGCGCUCGUCGCCCAGCGGCUGCUCCUCGAGUUCGCGGGCACCGACGAGGCGCCGCCCAAGGGCAAGGGGAAGGGAGAGGACGCAUGGCAGGUCCGUUCGAUCACGGAUUUUCUCAAGCUUCCAUUGGACCAAGGUGGUGGUGAAGGAAAGGCUCUGUACAUUGAUGAAGAGGGGACAUUCAGACCACAGAGGCUCCUCCAGAUAGCAGACAGGUUUGGAUUAGAUGGUGCUGAUGUAUUAGAGAAUGUGGCUUAUGCAAGAGCUUAUAAUACUGAUCGUCAGUCCAGACUUUUGCUGGAGGCAGCUUCCAUGAGGUUCAGUCAUUUUUUACAUCACUGGGAGCAUUGUCUCGUAAACAAUUUCAUGAUGGCUCAUAUGAAACGACUGAGCAGGCAAAUGCUAAAUGAUAACCACUCACUGAAUGAUAACCAAACACCAGUUUGGAGUUGCUGUGGUUAUCACCAAUCAAUUAGUGGCACAAGUGGAUGGGUCUGCGAUGUUUGCUGGGCCACAAGUGGAUUCCUUGUAUACUGAAUUUGAAUGUAUGUUUAUUUUUCAGACUAAUAGCAUGUAGCAAUUGAUUUCUAAUUUUUUAAAUCUACAUGUGCAAGUUUGCUCUCAUGAAUGUAGAGAGUGCCACAGCUCUAUACAGAACUGAUUUUUG